AUGUCUUCCUAAAACUAAGAAGCUGCAUUCAGCAAUGAGCCAGCAAAACAGCUACUUCCUUCUCAGUUAAAUGUCGAAAGCUAGCAACUUUUCUAGUUUGAUUUAAAUUUUGACUCCCUUAAGAAAUAUUUGAACAACAUUGCUAAUACAAUCAAUCAACAUGCUUAAUUAAUUAAUGGAUUACAAAACGAUGUUUAAAACAAAAUUAUAAGUAAAAUUUUGCCAGAUAAUUACAAAACUUUGCAUGAAGGAAUGAAUUUUGCUAAUAAUGAUAUGGUUUCAAAUUUAAAACGGGAUAUAGGAAAAUUAUUUAAGGCAGAAAAUAAUCCUCAAACCCAAGAGCUUUAUAAGUUAGCAAAUAAACUAGCUAUGCUAACACAGCUAUCUUCAUCAGACUCUCUAAGAACUUAAUAACUGGAAGCUAAAGUGGCUAAAUUAGAGGACUUGAUAUCAUAAAAGGUUAGUAAAGAUGAUCUUAAAGAUAAACAUUCUAAGCUCAAGCUGAGCGUGUAAAACGAUUUAUCAGAAAACAAAGCAUACUUUGAAAAAAAAAUUUAUGAACUAGAAAAAAAACUACUCGUUUAAUUGAAUACUUAUGACGAUAAAAUAAGCGAUGUGGAAAAAAAUACUUUAUGGCGUAUUUAAGAUUGUGAAGAAAUAAUAAAAAAGAGGGUAACUUAGGAUUAUGUAGAUAAUUGCUUCACAGCUUUUUAAGAGAAGAUUCUUCGAGAUAUGAAGGCAAGCACAGCAGGAGACAGUGAAAGAAUAGACUCCAUUCAACAAGAUUUGGCAUUUAAAAUUAAAAUGCUUUAAGAAAGUUUUACAGAAAAAUAAAAUAGUUUGAAAUAAAAUAUAAAAGAAGUUGAUGAAAAGCUAGCUAAAAAGGCAAUGAUGAAAGAAAUAUUCGACGAAUUCAAUAAAUAAAAUAAUAAUAAUUUAAAUGAAUUGAGGAAAAAAAUUGCUAUCCUAGAAAAGCAAGCUGAAACUACUUCAGAAGUAGAAAGAAUGCAGCAAAAAAUAAAAUUCUUAGAGGAAUUUACAAAAUAAAUUAUUGAAGAUUUUGAUAAAAGAUUUGCAGAUUUACUGCCAAAAGCAAUAAAAAAUGGAACAGGAGGUGCAGACGCUAACUUUUCAUGGUUAAGUCCUCAUAAAAUAUGUGAAAUAGAAACAAAUAUUAAGCGCUGUUAAACAGAAAAUAAAAGAUUGAGAGAAGACUAUGAAGAUUAUAAAAAGUCUGUUGACAUGAAAAUUUAACAUUUUGAAAUGUCCUAGUUUGAAAAAGAAAAACAAGGAUCGACUCUAAAUUUAGAAUUAAUUGUUAAAGAGUUGCAAGAAUAGAUCUAAUAAUAGCUAGCUAAAAUAGAUGAUGGCAAAGCAGCUAAAUUGGAAAUAGAAAGAAUGUAAAAAAGAAUAGAAUCUUUUAAAGAUUUAGAAAGGAGAGUUUAAAAGUUUAUGAGAGAUAUUGAUAUAAAUGGAAUUUAGAGGUAAUUGAAAUGUAAAGCUGAGGGCGAAGAUGUGCUAAAAGAUUUUGCUAUUGUUGAUAGCAAGAUAAAUAACAACACUGAAUCAAUAUAAUUCUUGAGAAAAGAUCUUGAUAAUAUCCUUGUACUCUAUAAAAAAAUUUUAUAACUAUUAUAAUAAACCAAUAUUAAUGAUCAAAAUUCUAUGGCUAUAUUGACCACAAAAAAAUUACAUAGUGUAUAAAAUUUAAAUUGCUUAAGUUGUGGAACACACAGAAAAUAGUCUUCAGCACAUAAAAUAUCAUCUUCAUAAAUUAAAUUAGCAACUGAAUAGUGUAACACUUCUAUAAGCGAUAACAACAAUAAUAUUACUAAUGCUUUUACAGCUACUGGAAGCAAUUUUACAAAUAAUAUGCAAAUUUAAAAAGUAUAAAUUAUAGAUAGCAGACCAAAAAGAAGUAAUUCUACAAGUAAGCUGAGACCAUACAGCGCAAGGAAAUGA